CGAGUAUCCCGGAAGAAGGAGCAAAGGUCUCUGUGCUGUCAAUGUGUGGAGCUGAUGCUGAUCAAAUUUUUCUGUCAUAUCCAUUUCAUGCAUUCACCUAUAUAUCAUUAUGUCUGCUAGAAAUCCGGGAAUGCACCUAGAUCUGGCAUGGGUAUCAAAAGUCCGAGUCAACACACAGGCUGUUCUUAAAAGAGCCCAGCAAAUCCAGGGAUGCAAGGUGGCCAAGAAACAGUGGCAGGCUGCCUGGCUGCUGAAAGCAGUCACAUGCAUUGAUUUGACGACCCUCGCUGGUGAUGACACCCUCUCUAACGUCCAUCGACUCUGCAUGAAGGCCACACAGCCGAUUCGGCAUGACCUGCUGAAGAGUAUGGACAUACAUGACAAAGGCAUCACAACUGCAGCUGUCUGUGUGUACCCAUCACGAGUGGCUGAUGCAGUGAAAUCUCUGAAGGCAGCCAAUUCUAGUCUUCCUGUUGCAUCUGUGGCCACUGGUUUCCCUGCUGGACAGACACCAUUAAAGACCCGUCUCGAGGAAGUUCAUAUGGCUGUGGAGGAUGGUGCUAUGGAAAUUGAUAUUGUCAUAAACCGGACUUUGGCACUUACUGGGCAAUGGGCAGCCCUCUACGAUGAGAUCCGGCAGUUCAGAGAAGCUUGUGGAAAUGCUCAUAUGAAGACUAUCCUGGCAGUGGGAGAGCUGGGAACCUUCACAAAUGUCUACAAGGCCAGCCUGGUGUCCAUGAUGGCAGGAUCUGACUUCAUCAAAACUUCAACUGGCAAAGAGUCUGUCAACGCCACUUACCCUGUUGCCAUAGUAAUGGUUCGGGCCAUUCGUGACUAUUAUCUAAGGACAGGCCAUAAGGUGGGUUUCAAGCCUGCGGGAGGCAUUCGAAUGGCACAGGAGUCAGUGGUGUGGCUGACUCUGAUAAAGGAGGAGCUCGGAGACGAGUGGCUGAAUCCCCACCUUUUCCGACUGGGAGCAAGUAGCCUGCUCGCUGACAUUGAGCGGCAGAUUUAUCACUACGUAACUGGACGCUAUCCAGCCUAUCAUGAACUUCCUCUGGCCUAAAUCCAUGAAAAAUCAGUGAACCCCUGAAUCUCCAGGGCCAAUGAACUGUUAAAAAUGAAAAAUUCUCUCAUUUACUCACUCUCAUAUUGUUUCAUACCUAUGUGUUGUUAUUUUUUAAAUGUUUAUUGUUAUUUUUACAUUUGCUGCGGAAUUAAAAAAAUGCGCUUACUAUGCACAUCAGAAGCAGUGCAGUUUUGUCUUCAGUUUCAUCAAUGUGCCAUUUUUUACAUUUGGACAUGGACACAAGCUGUGGCGGAGGUGAAGCUUAUCAGUGGUUAACAACUUAAUUUUGGACUAUUUUUUUGGAGCAUAAAGUAAUAUUCCGGAUAUGAGGCAAACCGUAAACAUUAAAAUACUCACUGGUUCAAAAGUAUAGCCACAAGAUAUAAACAAUAUGCAUGUUAACGUGAUUUUAAUGUGAUAAAAUCACUUACAGACCUUUUCUGUGUAAAGUUAUGUCCAAUUUUACAACUUUGUUGUCAUGAUGUAAUGUCAACAAAUGCUAAAACCAUAAAAUGACUGUAAAAAUGAUGAUUUAAACAACUUUACAGCUCAAAUAAUACAUGUAUUUUAACAUAAGAAUUUAUGUAAGUGUUUUUAUAAAAUAAGCUUCUUCACAUUUCUGCCUUUAAUCCCUCCAAAAAUUGGCCCCAUUCACUUCCAUUGCUUUUUUUAAAGAAAAGAAGGGACGAAUCGAAAUUAUUUUGUGUGGUAAUUAACAUUCCGACACACAUGCCAUCGACUGAGCUUAACUUGUAUUGAACCCAGAAUAUUCCUUUAACAGAUGUGGUCAAUAUGAGCUUUUUCCCCAAAAACAUUUCUACUUUUGGGUUACACUGAAUAUAAAGUCAAAUGGGUUUAAAACAACAUGAGGGUUAGUAAACAAUGACAGAUUUUCAUUUUUGGAUGAACUAUUUCAUUAAAGUCAGCCAGUGACAGUGUAAAGAUGGAUUGCCGGUUUAUGAGAUUCAUUUUAAAGAAAUUAAAUAGUCUUAUGCUGAAAACGUGGUUACUUAGAAGUCAUGAAUGUUCGCAUUAUCGGUCAACUGUUUCUUUCCAAUAUGCACAUCAACAUAAACAGAGUAUAUUUUAUUAUACUGUAAAAACUUGGAUGUCUUUUAACAGUAUUUUCAUAGAACAAUGCAAACACAAGAACAAAUACCUGAUUUCUGGAUGACAUGGUGCAACCUGCAAGUUUUUGGAAGUAAAAGUGCUCACUUUACAUCAGUGCAAAGGUGUCUUGCAUCACUUUUCUCUGUGUGAAAUCCCAGCAGGCGUUUUUUUCUCAGACAACCUUACACAUCUAGUAUAAGCUACACCUGGGUUACAAUAUCACUGUCCAAGGCUGAUCUUAUUUGACUUCCAAGCGCUAAUUUCAUUAAUCAAGAGCUGGCUGUCUGAAGUGUGUGUUUGGGAUUAAUUAAGGAGGGUUAAGAGAGUUUAAAUGAUCAGAUAAAGCCUCGUGCCAAUUUGAGCUUCGUUUGAAGACAGAGGAACUUUCUUUCUCUUCUCCUCCUUUCUUCUUUAAUUAAGAGAUCUCGGGCCGUGCCCUUGACUGGAACAGAGGAUAAAUGACUGAAUUAAUUGUGGAAUGGGGAAUGAGCUGAGAGGUUGUUAGAGUGAGAAGGAAACUUCGGGAAAACGGAGGUAAAUUCAGUCAAGUAGGACUGGGAAACUAGAGCACGAAUAAAUUUGUAUUCACAGAGAAACAUUAAAAGCUAUUCUCACAAGAGCUUAAUAAUACCUGCA